ACAUUCAGAAAUUGACACGUGCACAUACCCUAUUGACCGUUACCGCGUCACUUUCAGGCAACUGGAAACUUGAAUAACCAUGUCUCCGUCUUUCCAAAUCCUGAAUUGAUGACUGCAACGUACUCGCAAUUCUUGGACUCUCAAUCACCAGAGCUGAGUUUUUUUUUUGUUUUGUUUUGCGUAAGCGAAAAUGACGGUUACUACUGAGAUCAGCGAUGAAGAUCAUGCGGUCGAGCUAAUCGUGAGAGACGCAUCGGCAUCAUCGCCUGAUGGUAGUGCUGAAGAUGGAGCAGGCGGCGGCUCCAGCUCCGGUUCUGGCUCUGAGGAAAUGACUUCUCUUUUGAACCCGUCCGAGAAGCCCAAGAUCAAUAUCUUUUCCGUUGCUUACUCUCGUAGAAAACCUAGAGAGCAAGUGGCAAGAUUACCUGAUACAGAGACAUCCCCAAUAAUACAGUUCAUUAUCUGGAUAUGGGGUGGAUCCAGAUACUCAGGCAUAUUGUGCAUGGCCUUAUCAUCAAUGAUCUACUUUGCAAUGGAAGUUCUUUCUGAUUCUUUCUCUGCUCAGUCAAUCCCUUUGUUUGAGACUGCAUUUACAAGAUGUACAAUAGUAUUGAUAUUAUCGUAUGCAUGGUUGAGGAGGAGUGGACAACCAUUAUUUGGAGCAGCAAGUGCUAGGAAACUUCUGUUUUGGAGAGCCUUAACGGGAUAUCUCUCAUUGUUGAGUUUUAUUUAUUGCAUUCAGAGGUUACCCUUGUCUCAGGCUAUUGUGUUAAACUUCACAACUCCAGUCAUGGCUUCAAUAGUGGCAAGGAUCAUGUUGCAUGAAAAGUUAAAAAUUGCAGAUAUUGGAGGGCUUGCUUGCAGUUUCUUUGGCGUGAUCUUCAUUUAUAGACAGAUACUUAGAACACAAGGGGGGUGGACUAGAGGUGGGGAAACAAACAAUACAACUGCCAAGGGAAGCCAACAUAUAUAUGCCGUAUUGGUUGGUUUAUUCUCAGCAAUAACUGGUGGAAUCAGCUUCUGCCUUAUAAAGGCUGGAGCAAAGGCAUCUGAUCAACCUGUGGUCACUGUCUUUUCAUUUGGCUUACUCUCUAGCCCUGCUGCAGGAAUCUGUACAUUUGCUUUUGAGGAGGAAACCUUGUCACUUGGAGAAGCAAAAAAUAAAGUAUUGUUGCUCGAUCAAAUGCUGAAGCAGAAUAUAGAGUAAUGGCACAAGGUGUUUGUGAACUUAUAUGGUUGCGGAGAUUGUUGGAGGAAUUGGAAUGGACAAACUUCUGUUAUACUGUGACAACAAAGCUACCAUCAGUAUAACUCACAAUCCGGUUCAACAUGACCGAAUCAAGCAUAUAGAGAUUGAUCGACACUUCAUUAAAGAGAAGUUAAUAAAUGGUGUCUUGAGGUUAGAUCAUGAGACUUCCGAUGAAUAACUAGCUGAUGUGUUUACCAAAGGGAUCAACAACAAAAUCUAUCAUACCUUAAUUUGCAAGUUGGACAUGUGUGAUAUUUAUGCACCAACUUGAGGGGGAGUGUUGACCGACAUAGAGUUCCUAAUUAGGAGAAUUCAAAUCUUUGGGAUUCUAAUUAGACUUUUGAUUUAAGGGAUUUUAUUCUUAUUGUAAAUAUUCUUAUUGUAAAUAUUCUUAAUUUAGGUUGAUUCUUUAUAUAUAAAUACUCAAAUCUUGUAAAGAUCAAUUAAAAUUGAAAUAGAAUAAAAAAUUCAUCCUAAAAUUCUUCAGGCCUAUUAUUUAUGGAAUGUUGCCACGUGUUCUUGAUUCCAUCAACUUGAAGAAUUUACCGAAUUGGUUCAUUUGCUGAUUUAUGUUGUAUUUAGCCAAACUGUCUUAAUACUCUUAUCAGCUUAUUCUCACCGACUGCCACUUCUGAAUUCCUAUGAAAUCAAUGCUCCUUGUUUGAUUUUUAUUGUUUUUCCUCACAUCAAUUUUGGUAUCCUCAUCUCUAACCCAACCAAGCCUAAGCAAAAUUUAGCAAAGAAUGAUACGUUGUUCGGCAUGACUAUAAGGUCAUCCAGGAGUAAGACAAUUCUCUAUUGCUGUGCAUGUCACUACAUUUUUUUGCGUCAAUGCCUAACCAUGAAUUGGGAGUGAUAAUGCGGAAAGGUACACAAAUUCAAGUAAUUUUUAUUGUCAUAUGUAUAUUAUUAAUAGAUUGAAUACUACCUUGAAAUCAGGGAGCAAAAUCAUCCCUAGUGAAGAGAUUUGUAAAUGGACUAUCAAAGCAUCAAAUUUAACUUUCUACUCCCAAGGUUCAAAUACAAACUAAUCCACUAUCCCCCAUAUUAAAAGGUCGAAAAUCAUCAAAUCCAAGUAUCAGUGCAAGUCCACCAAUUUGUAUUAUGCAGGCACAGCUCUAUUUUCCAAUAGAUUAGCCUUUAAAAAAUUCAUUCUAUAUUAACAAAAAUCGUUGCCAUUGAGGUGGAAAUAUGACAGGACAGAAAUGUAAUAACAAGGCUAGAAUAGAUAUAAACUUUAAAUAUCCUUUAAUAUACAAAGAAAAUAAUAUUAGUUUAAUAAGAGGAUCCAUUUGCUCAUCAAUAAUGCAUGCAUGCUAACCAUCACAAUAACCUCUUGAUUCUUGUCACUUUUACCUUCCUAAAAUUGCAUUCAUUCCUUACUACGUCCAAUCUUAUAUUCACACAUCCAGCUUAGCAUUCUUAAUUUUAUCAUGCAAUUUUUAUGAACAUUUUUUUUACCAUCCAACACACUUACCAAUUGUUACAUUUGGUCAAAAGUAGUCCUAUAAAACUUCUUUCAAUGUAGAUGGUAUUUUGUAAUCACAUAGGAUUCAUGUUGCAUUUCUCCACUUCAAUCAUGUGGUUGACAUCUUCCUUAAUUUCAUCUAUCCCUUUGUACAAUAGAGCCCAAGUAUUUGAAAUAUGUGCUUUGUGGCACCUUUGUGCUAUUGAGUCUUACCCUCACUUCUUAGACUUUCCUUCAAAUACCUAAAUUUAAUGAAAAAAAUGUAAUGAAAUUAAAUAAAUAAAAUUAGAAAUAUUAUAAACAAACUACAAAUAACAUUUUAUAUUAGAUGUUAUGGAUGCUAGAUAGACCAAAUCCAUUUUUCAACAUAGUCCAAAUAUUGAAGAAGUCUCAAGAAUCAAUUAAUCUUAAUUAUGUUCAUAUUAAGAUAAACUUUUUGAUCAUUGUCAAUCUUUAUUAUUAUUUAUAUUAGGAUAAGCUUUUUGGUUAUUAUCAAUUACUUUAGGACUACUGUAUAACCUUCAUUACAUGUAUGGGGUUAAUUCAUAAGUAAUAAAACAAGUAGAUAAAUUAAAAAAUUUGAGAUUUAACGCACUCUCAUUAACGAGUUAGGUUUAAGAGUUUCCUCCAAGGAGCUUCUUCUUUGUAUUGACCUGUGAAGCUAUACAUGACCUGAGAAUUUAUCAAAUUGGUAUCAAAGCCAAUCAUUAUGGGAGAUUUGGCAAACUCAAGUGAGAAAAUAAAAUCCUCACUUUGUGAAUUGCAAGUACAAAAUGAGACUAGAUUGGUUCAUGUAAAAGCCAGGUUGGAAGCUAGAAUCUCUCAAUUUGAGUCUUAGAUGGAGAAAUCAAGUGCAAAAUCUCUCAACUACAAAUUUUUUUGUAAUCCUGAUGACAAUUGCAAUAAAGACUCAAACAAGUGUUGGUGGCAGCAGUAGUGUUUCAUAUAGCAGCAUUCGAAUUGAAGAUAUAACUGACACUCUGGUGGGACCAAGGAAGAAGACUGUCAACCAGAGAGAAGUGGUGAUUGGAAGACAACUUCUUGGUUUACUGCACAAUUUUCAAUAGUUCCUUAUGAGAUUAUGAAGGGGUCAUCUGGCAAGAAUGUGACCAAUAUGUUGAAUUCCAAAUUAAGAAGUAUUGCUUCAUUCAUUAGAAAGCUCACCAGAUAAGAAAUGGAAAAAGAAGAGCCAAAGGUCUUUCUUAAAAUUGCAACGAACUGUAUCAUGUCAGUUCAUCAAUUUAAGCAACUGUGUUGGUUAGAAGUGGAGCAGGAGGAUCAAAGGAUGACGAUAAAAGAUGAUGCCCAAAAGGGACAUGCUAUAUCACUUUAGCCAAGCCUAUCUAGAAUUUGAGUGGAGGACAAGCUCCAUCCCCAAAGGGGAGUGAUGUUUUGAAUGUUGAAUAAACCAAAUUUAUUCUUCAGAAGAAGUCUUUGAGAAUCAAUUAAUUUUUAUUAUUGUUCAGAUUAGGUUAAACUUUCUUUUAUAUUUAGAUUAGGAUAAACUUUCUGGUUAUUAUCAAGUACUGUAGGACCUUUAAUUUGUUAGAAAUUCUUAUAUUAUUAUAUAGCCUUCAUGACGUAUCUGGGGUUAACUCAUGGGUAAUAAAGCAAGGAGAUUAAUUACAAAAAUAUUUGAGAUGUGAAACUCUCUCAUUAACAAGUUUGGAAUGUUCAGAGCUUCCUCCAACGAGUUUCUUCCCUUUCCAUCAUUCUAUGACGCAAUCCCUGAUCUAGAAACUCAAUGUCAAACCUCUUAAUUCUAAGAAACUUUAUCGUCAACUUUGUGGCUUGGAAGUUGGAAGUACAUUUCUCAUGCCAAACAAAUAAGUGAUUUCAAUUAUAGCAGUUCCUUAAGAUGCCUCGCAAAACUGUUUGCAUGGAAUUUCUUCUAUCCCAUCUCAAAUGUGAUCUGAAAAUCUCUCUUUUUUUUUAACCUUGAAUGAUCGUCAUAACUUUUAUGUUCACUAAUAUCAGUUAAAUAAUGAACUAGACUAGCUUGUAUAUGAAUAUAUUGGUUUGCCUCCACUCCUAUGCUUGCGUAUGGCUGCCAAAUGUUGGUUGUAACCCUUGGCUGAAGCUUGAGAGAAUUGUGUAUAGCAAUUAAUUGUGAUAUUUUGUUUAGGGUGUAUCCAAUUCACCAUGGUAAUGGAAUAUGAAUGGGCAUAAAUAUCCAGACUUUAUAUUCCAAUUUCAAUUUUGUGUAACUAUAUAUAAUUUAAUAGUAAUUGUAAUGACUAUUCGGCUAGAUUCCGUUUCCACAUCCAAGAUACCCAAGUGUUAAUUAUAAAAAACUUUGAUUCCUUCUGUACCCAAUAUAAGAACUGAACCAUAUUUUAGGAAUUGCUUCUAUUUCCAUUCCUAGAGUAAACCAAACAUGCCUUAAAUGUUUUAAUGUCCUAACCAUUGAGAGUUAGGAAUCAUUACUUUUCAUCAGUUUGUGUUUAUUAUGUGGUUUGCAGAUAUUUCCACCUGAAUUCAUGAGAGUCUGUAAAUAUUAUAAUUAAGAUAUGAAUCAUUUGCUUCCUUGUUUACCAAACGUAAUUGCGUUCUAAACAUACCCUGGAUAUUUGCAGUUCCUAACCGUUUGGAGUUGGAAAUCAUUAUUUGUCAUCAACUUGUCUGUUUUUUAUUUGGUUUGCAGAUAUUUUCUAUCUUUAACUGAGAUUAGUACUUUUGUA